AUGAUACCACAUGCAUACUGGGGGAAAAGUCGCAUACAGAUGCUAUGCAGUUCUCGGCUUGCUACGUGUAACGCUGUCCGUGUUUACAGACCCCUCAUAUGGGUCAUGUGCGCUAGUAUUUCACUGCUGAGCGCAAGGCAUCUACUAGUGGAGCAAAACAUGCAUUUUCCCCUACAAAUCUACUUCACUCAGCUUGCCAUCGCUGCCAUCUUGACAUUGCAGCCGCGCCCGGCAUGGAGAUAUGUUCAGAGGCUUGUCCGUGGUGCAUCACAGCCCUCGAGGUCGAUGACAAGAGGGAUAGCACUCCUCGCAACAUCACUAUGCUUCACGUCUUUAUCUACAAUAUGUAUUCUGCAAGCGACGUUGCACUUCUAUAACUUACCAGUCUUGGUCAUGAUCACUCUCAUAGCCUUCUUCGCUGAAGACCUGUACCUUCACAUCACCCACGCAAUACCCCACACACACGCCGAACUACUUCGUGUCAGCCUAAUCGCGUUCGCGAGCGCGGCGCUUCUAUUCACAGAGUAUCGACUCACCGUGCCGAACCUAGCAACAUCAAUCAUGGCCAUGCUGCUUGCUGGAGUUGCCCGGGCCCUGCGGAAGCUGGUCAUCAUACACCAUCCAGAUGUAGUUGCGGAAGACGUGAUUCCGACAAGCUUGCAUGUUGUUGCAGGCGCGCUGAUUGGCAUAGCUUGGAUAACGGUCUUCGAAACAGGCAAUCAGGCUUUUGCCUUCAAGGUCAGAAGCAUUCCAUUGCUCGCUCUUAAUGCGUCGGCAUCCGCUGUAGCGAUGCUACUGGGAAAUUCGAUAAUACUUCCUCUGUACAGCGAGCCAGCUGACACGUCUUUCCAAACUGUCGGUGCUCCAGUGGAUCGUCUCUGGGAUGCUUUGACCCUUACUCUUCUCACUGGCAUUGUAGGGAGCUAUUCGACACUAUUGACAGCCCGCUCAUAUACGAACAUCUACCAGUUCUGCUGCUUCCCGCUUGCAAUAAUGUGUAUAGGCAGCAGCGCUUACGUCUCUGCAACGAACCGUUGCUCGCAGAAUCCGUGGAAUGCCCUGAGCACAUAUGAGCUCGUAAACUCACCCUCGGCGCUAUCGGCAGAAGAUAGCGAUACGAUCGAUUUCACAGAGGAGACACACCAUUCCGCAGUGCCAGCUUUGAAGUCAAGCUCCCCAGGCAACCCGUUCAGCAAGUAUUUGUUUGGUAUCAGCAUAGCCUCACUUUGGGCGGCGUAUGGAAUCUUGAAUUUCACUGAGCGACAAGAGCGUCGCAGUCCGGUCCUCCUUGAUCAAAAUUACGUUCCGCAACUACCCGUGGAGAUCGUGCUGAGCAUGUACAAAGAGCCUAUCGACGAAGUGCGCAAGCUUGUCACCCACCUGCAGAGCAUGCCAGCUCUUUCUGAUGCACACGUUACAAUCUACAUCAAGGACAGCGAGGCCAACAACGCUUACGUCAAGGAGCAAACAGGCGCCCAUAAUAUCACCACACUACCAAACGUGGGACGAGAAGGUGAAACAUUCCUCAAUCAUAUCCUGAACAGGUGGCACGACCUUGCAAGACAGACCAUAUUCCUACAAGCUGGUAUACACAACCCAAGGGAAUUCUACACCCACGUCAGCAACUACUACGACCGUGCCCAGACUGGAUUUCUCAACCUCGGAUGGCCUGGCCGCCUCUGCGAGUAUGGGAAUUGCAGUGACAGGUUCGGCUGGCAAGACAACUUACAAUUCAUUCCGCAGGUCUGCAAGCAGAUGUACAACUCAACGACCUGCGAGAACGUCCUGCUUAGCUACAAGGGCCAGUUCAUUGUCUCUGCCGCACGAAUCCGUGGUAUCAACAAGGACAUAUACCAUGAUUUAUGGCAGGCCUUUGUUGACGAAAACAACCCGGCGCAUCAACCCAGCAAUCUGCAAGGACGGCCCGACUCGAUGAGUGCGCCCGAUUUUGGCUACACGAUGGAGAGGCUGUGGAACUUGCUGUUUCAAUGUUCUAGUGUUGACGUGGGUUGGAAGUGUCCCACGUUGGUGAGUGGAUGGCGCAUCGGUGGCGAUAUCAGCGAUUGCCAGUGUUUUGAUACGUAG